AUGAUCAGGAUGAGCAUACCUGGAAUAUGGUGGCGUUAUCUUUGGAAUUCAAUUCAUAAUUUCCAUUUUUCUGGUAGUAAUUACUACAACAAAGUAGAAAAUUUUGUAUCUCUUGUGGAUCACGUUUUGACUCAUUGCGCUUUUUCCAAAAUAAAAAAAUUCGAACUCGAUUUACCUAACAAUUUUGAGUGGAAUUUUGAUUUGAAUAUCAGCCAAUGGAUUAGUUUUUUUGUGGAAAGAGAAGUGAAAGAUGUUGUCUUGUGUUCAUAUGACGAAGAUGUCACUUUCGAAUUGCCUAUAUCUAUCUGGACUUGUUCCUCAUUGAUUACUUUGGAUUGGAGUUGUUGCGUGGUUGAUAAAGAAUCGGUCAUAGAGUGGAAGUUGAACUAUAUUUUUAUAGAUAAUGAUGAUCUCGCGAAGAUACUUUUAGGUUGUCGUGCUUUGGAAACUCCAGAGUUGUCUUCAUUUGAGGGUUUUCAUCGUUUAGAAAUCACUUCUUCAAAUUUAAAGAGACGAACGUUAGUGCACCACUGGUGGUUUUAUGGCAGAGUUGAGGAUUCUUUGGAAAUUAUUGCAUCGUAUCUUCAGCAUUUGGAGAUUUUAGGAGACCUUGAAUAUCUCAAGUGUAGGCUAGUAAAUGUAGAUGUCUCCUCUUUGGUUACUGCCAGACUCAUUUUUAACAUUACAUCACUGACAUCGUGGGGGUUGAUCUUAAUGCUGAGGAUGGCGGUUGUGGUGAAAUUGAGUUAUGAAUUAGCUAGCAACUGGACGUUGGUUAGCAGAGGGCCUGUUCAUGUUGCAACUCAAAGGAGUGUCGCUAUCAAAAUUGAGAUGCAAAUGUCUGACUUUAGGGAUUUAUGUGACAAAGUAUAAUUUGUAUGGAGUAGAUAGCCUUUUGCAGAGCUCGCCUCUUUUGGAGACACUCAACAUACACUUGAGCUGGGGCGUAAUUUCUCUCAAUUUAUGCUUUGAUUUUAACAUCUUCGAUUUAUAGGUUUUAAGUCCUCUCCACCCCAAACCUCACCAGUCCAAAGAUUUUCUUAAGGAGGGUGGAAAUAUAUCUUUAUCAUUAAGAAUCUCGGCACUUUAAAGCUUUAAAUCAAUUUGUCAAGCUAGUUGUUUUCUAUCUGGUAAACGGGAAUAGUGACAAAUUAAACCUCUUUUUUACUUUUUUAUCUACAGCAGAACUGUACUUUGAUUACAA